CGACGCGUUCGGUUCAGUAGUUUUUUGGUGCGCGAGUGACAACGCUGACGGAGACAACGACGCACGACGCGGCUAACUUACUUUUAGCUUCUUUUACUUUUUUUCUUCCUUACUUUACUUUACUAUUCGACGAGGGUGAACGGUUAUUUUAGUUUUAAGCCGAGGGUAAUCGGUGUUGUGUGCGUCCCUCUACCUAGAGACCUGCGGGCUGGAAGACAUUUUUCUCAAUUUGUGCGACUAUUGUUGGGAUAAUGUGGUUGUUGCUGUUUAAGCUGCGGUAAAAAUAGUGCGGAUUGUUAAUCGGCGGACAAGUUGCCAAUUGCGUGGACUAAGAAAAGGUGUUGCAAAGUGAAGCUGCGGUGCCAUUUAGAUGCUUGCCUCGUUGCUACUUCUCAUGGUGGGAAGCGCACAACAAUUGGCAGAUCGAAUUGUGAACAACGACAACAAGGAUCGCAGAGUUACAACCAAAGCGGAUGACUUUUUUUUCCGGGCGCAGAUCGCCGAUGACUUUUAGGAUUUGUCUGUCUUCUUAUGUGCUAUAAAUCGGGAGGAAAUAUACCCCGGUGUGAAUCGAAGAAGCUUAACGGAAUGAAAUUUGUGCUUGUUUGAGGUCCGUGGAAAAGGUAAAAAAGUUAAACCAACGCCGUAAUAAUGAGUUCGAAAUUCGUCGAUUGUUAUCUGCACGGGGGGAAUUACAGAUAACGAAUGUAAAUGAGUGUGUAAGAAGAUAAAUUGAGUUUCGAGGUUUUUUUUUCGUGUGUUACCUUUGUCCCAUUCGGAUUUGAUUACGGCAGACAGUUUGUUAUUCUGGCGGUGGAAUCAAGUGGCUACGCGGUCCUAAUUAAUGGAUUAACGUUCUGACCCGAAGCAAACGAUUGUUGAUUGAAGUGCUGGAAACGAAGGCACCCGAUAGAAAAGAUAGAAAAACCACUCGAGCCACCCACUUCAGGCAGCAUGCAAGCAGCGCAAAUAUAGUACAAACUCGAUAUCGUAAGUGGAUUUGAGUGCAUUGCUGCUAGUUUGAGUUUAGUAUAACCAGCCAUGCCUGAGGGAUUUGCGACCAUUCGGACGCGUGGUUUGGCACGCAGUACUAGCCGGGCGGAACAGUUGCCACCACCCCGGAGGAAUACCGGUCCCUUGAAGCAUGCCGGCUCGGGCCCACUGUAUGAGAACAACAACGGCAGCGACGGCAAUCGGCUGUCCUACAAAAGCACUUCGGCGACAUUGAUUUGCGUGCCGCCACCGGUUCCUCCUAGAAUUAGUUCGGAACUAACGAUGAAAAAUGACUCCAAACAAACCGACGACCGAAACGCGUUUCGAGACGAUGACGAUAUUUAUUGUACAGCCGCUUUGACGUACGAAACAUUUAAACCACUGAAAAGCCCGACGCUAAAUUCCGAGCUAGCCGACUAUGUAAAUCUAGGCCAAUCGAUGGACAGCAUCCACCGGCUGAAUUAUGAUUUCGAAAUGCCUCCACUGAAGAGUCCCCAGUACAUCACCGAGCUGAAGCUAAUUCAGUCAAAAGCAACGGAAAAUGGCAGUUUAUUUUCCAGACCAGAAAGUCCACCGUACGGAAAGAUACGCCACAGCUAUCGCUCAUCCACGCCGGAAAGUUGCGAUUGCUCAUCGGGUUCCUCCACGUACUCGAACCCAAUCAACAGUGGCAAAGCCAGCAGCUUGAGUGGAUUUCUAGGGCAAGACGAGACGCCACGACCACCUCUCCCUACCCCAAAGUCAGUGGCUCUGCAGUAUCGCAAAUCAUACUCCAACUCCCGCUCGGAGAUAAUCUACGAAGAAUCGAAAAAACUAACCAACGGAAGCCAAUCGAGCGAUACCGAUUCCGGGUACCACGGAAGCCAGGGUAGCAGCUAUUCUAAGAUACACAAGAGUGCGGAACUGCUAAACUGUGCGGCCGAUCCGCCAACCCGUUGUUCACCGCCGAAGCUCACGCGAGGGUACUCCACCUUGGGACAUCCCCGGGAUGUUCACAUUGCUGGGAAUGCUGGCCAGUCGCGGACCGCUAGCGGUGGCAGUAAGUCUACGACUUCACUCAAUGAAACAGGGCUACGGCCUGUCGGCAAACAACCGGAGCAGCUGGAGCUUGAGCAAAAGGUCGGCGAUCAGACAACUCUCCGGAGUAAGCCGGUUAUUCCGUGGUACGAGUUGGCCAUCCGGAAGGAUCAUCGCCAGAGCUGUCCCCCGCUACAGACGCACGUUGUGGAGGCCUUCGAGCAGAGUUUGAUUAAUGUGUCCCAGAAGCUGCAAAAGCUGACCGUUUCCAAAGAUCAGAAGGAGAACGAAAUCCAAGAAAUGAGACAAACGAUCGAACUUCUACGUCAACAGUCGGCCGGAAUAGCCGCCACUCAGCUGCUGGCGUUAAGUGCCGCCCAUGGAACGACGACCACUGGAACGGCGCAGCCACCACCGCCUCCCCCGAGGAGUGAGAAGAAACGUCACCACAGUGCCGACUCGAUGCAUUCAGUCAGUUCAACCGGUUCGGUUGCACCGGAAAAACCUAAGAAAAAAGGCGGCCUAAGGCUGUCGCUGACUCGAGCUUUCUCGCGAAGUCACAAGGACCCGAAACCGAAUCGACCGGUUAGUCAAGGUUCUACUUCGAGUGUGGAGAAUUCUCUCCACGCGUAUCGCAGCCGGGAGGAUAUCUGCGCCUCUCCGGUGUCUUCCAACACCAGUCCAACGCUGAAAGUCGAACACCAACUCGUCUACGAUCGCGACGGCAACCCAACCGUAGUCGAACGACUGGUCGAACAGCUACGCGAGAAGGACAUGGUCCUCACCGAUAUUCGACUGGAAGCAUUGACCACCGCUUCGCAGGUGGAAAACCUCAAAGAUACCGUCAUGAAGAUGCGCCAGGAAAUGAUCAACCUGAAACAAAACAACGACCGGCUGCAACACAUGGUGACCCGGCGCUCGAUAACGGGCAGUGACGGUUCAUUGGCCUCUUCCAGCCCACCCAGCUCAGCCACUGAUUCACGGCGACUCAGCAGCGCAACGGCUGACCACCCAAACGGACGGCAUGCUUUUGAUCUGAAUUUGGACGAAUGCGAUGAGGACAGCAUCCCUCCGGCACCAGCCCCAGAACCUCUUCCAGAACCACUGAGUCCGGCCUUUAUCGCCGAUUUAUCACCCUCGUCGGAACGUCCGUCAAUCGCGGAUGGAAUCACCGCGUAUCCCUCCGAAUCGCUAGUGGAUAACGUGGAAGGCAAAAAGAUUGCCAUCGCAGUCUACCUAGGCCAAGCUGAUCAGUUUCUCAAGUAUCUCGAGACGGUGAACGACGAAGGCAGCCACCCGGAGAGGAACGGCAAAAUCAAACAGAAUGAGUUUACCAUCGCGUUCACGUACGUGUGCGGAAAAACCGGCUGGCAAAGCUUGGACUACAUCGUUGGCCGCAGCUUCCGUGAUUUCCUCGAGCGUGUCGAUCCGGGCGGCAAUCUAGGGCUCAGUACGGAAUCUAUUGCCAGCUAUCACUUGGGCGAAGCGAGGCGUUCCCAUGAGCUCUACCUACCGGAAUUGCUUCCGUACGGAUACAUCAUUGGCAACGUUGACACGCUGUACAUUUGCCUGCGGGGCGUCAGUAACGUGGCUCUCGAUAGUCUCAUCAUCAAGAACAUGGUGCUGCGCUAUAAAUCAGCUGCCGUUGUGUCGACCUGAGAACUGACUUUUGACAGGCAAAAAAAAUAGCGUUCAAAAUAAAUCCCACGUCGAAUCGAGUGUGCUUUUUUUCGGUUUUCGUUUAAAAAUAAUAAAACAAACCGAUCGCUGGCGAUUCUAUUUAUGAUAGUGUAAUAACUAACAUUUAUUAAAUGGUCUGUUCAGUUUGGAUGAACAGAUUUGAUUCGUUUUGCAGUCGGCUUUCAAUAGUGUAGCGAAUUAUUUAAAUGAGAGUGUACUUUUUUGAGAGGGUUAUUACGGUUAGCUACGCGUGUGUCUGCUUGUAAAUUAUGUUGUGAAUUACAAUGCUCUAGAAUUACAUUUCGACAUCGGCUAGAUAGUGUAAGGGCUUCGGCUAACGAAGCUUAACCCGUGGACAGUUGCGCGUUACAAUAAAGUUUGAAUGUUGUGGAUCA